AUGUCCCUACGUAUACUAGCGAAGAGAUCCUCUUCUAUCUGGAUGAAAGCCCGCAUCACACCAGCGUUGACCAGUCCAAUCACUAUUAGUACUCGUUUCAACUCUACAACUACAACCGCGCCGCUGCCAAAAGACAAACUCGAGCCAGUUGAUCCUAAAAUCACCAAAAUUGUACAAGACAUCUCACAAUUGACUCUUUUGGAAACUUCCAGCCUGAUCAACGAAUUAAAAACCGCAUUGAACAUACCGGAAAUAUCCAUGCCUAUGGGCGGAUUCAUGGCAGGAGGUGCCGGGGCGGGUGCUGGUAAUUUAGCUGGCUCAGCCAGUGAAGCAGGUGCUGGUGAUGAAGAAGAAGCUAAGCCGGAGGCAAAGACCGUAUUUACUGUGAAGUUGGAUUCAUUUGAUGCCAAGACCAAGGCUAAAGUCAUCAAGGAAGUCAAGGGGUUAUUGGGCCUCUCAUUAGUCGAAGCUAAGAAGUUCGUUGAAGCUGCCCCAAAGGUAUUGAAGGAAAAUGUAGCCAAGGACGAUGCUGAUAAGAUCAAGAAGACCUUGGAGGAUCUAGGAGCUAAGGUCAGUUUGGAAUAA